GUUGUUUCGGUAUCAAAUCAAACUCGUUUUGUCUACUAUGGGACUGCCACUGUAGCGCUCACAAAAUCACCGAACAAGUAUCAAGCGCAACCACUGCUCCCCUAUGCCUAGCCUGCGACUCUAAGAAAUCAGUGAUUUUCCGCCCAGCUGAGGUGCAUGCCGAUCGUAAGACGUCUGAACAAUCAAAUCGCCCUCAGCAGUUGACCAGCCAAUGGACAAGAAUGAUUGGUGCUGAACAGGAACUCAGCCCGCAGGAGUUCAUCAAAGUCCUGGCAGAAACAACAAACGGUUUUAUUACCUACAGCACUGAGGCGUUACCGGGAUAUUUACAUCUAUCGCGGCUCAUCAACUUGUCUCUUCCGA